AUGUCCCUGCGAAAAACCUACUCAUCUCUAAGGAAACUGAGGUUUGGGGGUGUCAUGCCGCAGAAUCGACUAGGGUACCCCGUGCACAAAAUUCCUAUCCCCACAGAGCACACAGUGAACCAAGGAAAGCUCUUUGUAGUCAAGCCUCAGAACCUCAAAGAGAAAGAGCGGAAAGAGGACAUAAAGUCAUGCUUCUUCCUUGCCACGAAUAUUCGCGAAAGCGGCCUAGAAGAUACUCCAUCGUUGGCCAUGGAUGUGGAAAGGGCCGACUAUAACGGCACACUGUUAUUCCUGCCCGACGAUGGCACUUUGCAGGUCUGCGUCUCAAGCGACGAGAAACUUGUUUUUUUCAAGAUAGGCAAUGCAUUGAUUGACAAAAUGGUGCUACCGGAAAACAGUCUCAAGGCCGCUUACUUUGCCGAUGACUACGCCAGCGCAGUUUUCGAAUUCCUGAAGAAUUUCGGAUAUAUCUACGUGUCAUUCGUACAGACAGGAAGAGCCCUAUAUAGAUUCUUAAGAGAUCGUCGGGGCGCAAGUGUAACCAAAGUGUCCGCACAAGAGAUGGAAGAAAAACAUCACCAUGAGCUACGAAAGUACGAAAACUUCCAGAGAGACCCAAUUGCAGUGGUACGGCCUGAUGAUCUGUCUGACGAGGCAGAGAAUCUGCUCAUAGAUUCCGCUUUUGUUUCGGACGACAUUCUCAGAAACGGCCUACCGUCUAUACCACAAACCACGAGGCGAAAACCACUUGUUCGUCAGACCCGCUCCAUAUCAAAGCAAGCCGAUGAUGCAAACUUAAUCACUCCUCUACAUAUUGACUCGGGCGUGCUGACAGAUCGCUCAACACGUUCUGGAGAAGAUGAAACAAGCAUAGACGGGGAACCCAUGCAAAUGAUCCGAGAAACCCCUGCCCUGUUUGACCCUCCAUUGUACUACUCUGUGGAUUCCGAAAAAAAAUUCGUCAUCUCAUACAAUGAUUUCAAGACAUUGUAUAACAAUGACUGGAUCAACGACACACUCAUCGACUUUUUUAUUGCAUACGAAAUGCACAGGGCCGUACAUGAGCUACGGCUGGUGCAAAAAAACGAUAUCUUUGCAUUCAAUUCAUUUUUUUUCACAAAGCUUCUAACGAACUCAAACUCCUUGGAAGUCCCUCCUUAUUACGAAAACAUCCGCCGGUGGUUGGCGAAGGUCGACCUCAUGAGCUACAAUUCUGUCAUAAUUCCUGUGAACGAGCAUCUACAUUGGUUCUUCAUAAUUAUAAAAAACUUGCCCAAGUUGCUUGAGCACGCAAAGACCAAGCAGAAUCACGAAAUUCAUGCAGGGGACGAAAAGUACCAGAGCACGAAAACCAUAGUUGAGAUUUUCGUGAUUGACUCCUUGAGGCAGAGUCACGCAAAUCUAGGGCCUCCAUUAAAGGAUGUGAUCAAGCAAUACUGCAAAGAAAAGCACAAUGUUGACAUAUCAACGGACUCAAUUAGGUUUAAGAAUGCGCGAGUAUCUAAACAGCGAAAUUUCAAUGACUGUGGAAUUCAUGUAAUCUACAACAUUCGGAAAUGGUUAGGAAGUCCUACAACUUGCGAGCUUAUAUGGAAAACACAUGGGAAGCCCAAGUCUCAAAUUUUCAAGACUUCCGAGAGGGAUGCCAUGCGUCGCGUAUGCAUCGAUCUUCUUUUGGACUUACAUUCUAAACAGCCACAUAGCGACCUUCUGAGGCAGAAUGAAAAAGCGGAUGACGCUCAAUCAGAUGAUGAGGUCGAACUCAUAUCCUGUCUGUCUUCCUAUGCCAACAAUCCAGAAGAAAGAAUGGAGACAGAAGUCUCUCAAAGCAAGGAUAUAUCGGGCACCUCAAUUGGUAUUCCGCCGGAGUCACAAAAAGAAGCGACUCUUUCAAAAAAGCGCUUAUCGGAUUGGAGCAAAGAAAUAAGUGAGAGUAACGACAAUCUACGCCCCAAAAUAAUCAAUGGAACUUCUGAAGAGCAGAAUACCGAAAAAGAAAUUCACCACAAAACUCUUGAUCCCAGAGUUAUUGAUGAAGCGAGCACAAUGUCAUCAAGGAGCCUCGAAAACCGUUAUACAUCUGUUGAACAUCCAGAAAUCAGAAGAUCACUCAUUGGCUUGAGUUUGAAUAAGAACUGCGUUGAUUUCUUAAACGACAUAUUCAAAAACAACUCGCAAAGAUAUGAUGAAGCAACUCGCAAGAGAAUCUACGGAUUGGUUGAGGAGUACAUAACGUUAAAUUCCCUGGAAGGCGUUCAAAUUCAGAAACUUGAAGAGAAAAUCAAAAAAGCUCUGAAGAAACCUCCAGAACCAAUGGAUGAACCGUUCGUUAUUGAGGAUCUUGAUGAAAGCUCAUCAAAAACGAGACCAAAUUUUGAAGAUCCCGAUGACAGCAAUAGUGAACUCAAUAAAAGCGUGGGGGAAUUAAGUAUUUCAGGGACCAGAAUCACAGAUAAACGCAGAGAGGACCGUAUCGAGGAGGCAAAGAGGCGGAUUUCAAGCUGCUCAACUAAUGGAAGCGAGUCUAGCGAAAUUGCCACCAGUGACUUAGAAAUUAUGGAUGAUGACUUGGAGCUAGUAUCAGAGGUUUCGCUCAUCUUUAGCUCCCCACAAGAAAAACGAGAACGGCUCACUUCGAAAUCACCAUCAAGUAAGAAAUCUCGGAAAAAUACAGGUGAAGCAUCUCACUCCUCACAUUCGAGAUUGGAACCAGAGAUUACUCAAAUAUCAGAGUACCAAAAACCUCACACAUCUCCACGCUCUGGAAGCCCAAAAUCUUCGAAGGCGCAAUGGCCCCGAAAUCAAACCUCCAGUUCCAUGGCGCCAAAAGCGUCCAAGAAAACCACUUUAUCCGAUUUAUCACGAAGAACUAGGGGCUCAAAGGAAGACAGAUUUUCAGAAAAUACUCAAUCGGAUGAUGUGGUUGAGCUUACGGAGAUAGACGAGGAAAGACACAGCCCUACGAGAAAACCUCAGGAAAUGCUUUUGAAAACUACGAAAAGGAGAAGGGUGGAGGCAGUAGAAAAAAGUACCUAG